UUUAAUUAAAUAUGACAGAAAUAGUUGGAAUUUCUAAUGAUAAGCUUGAGAAUCAAGAUAACCCUCAAUUAAUAAAUAUAGCAACAAUUGAUAAAAAUGGUUUGUCUAUUGAAAAUGCAUGGGUUAAGUUUCGUAAGGUAUUACGAGAGCCUUUUGCCGAAUUUCUUGCAUGUUUGGUGGUAUUUUUUUUUAUUUCUAGAUUGGUUGAGUUACUGAUAUAGAUGAUUCUUUUUGGUGAUGGAGUUGUUGCACAAGUUGUUCUAUCUGGUAGUACAAAAGGAAAUUAUCAAUCAAUUAACUGGGGUUGGGGUAUUGGAGUUAUGUUUGGUGUUUAUAUCAGUGGAGGAAUUUCUGGAGGACAUUUGAAUCCAUGUGUAACGCUUGCGAAUUGUGUCUUUCGAGGAUUUCCAUUCUGGAAGUUUCCUAUUUAUGCACUUUCUCAGACAGCUGGUUGUUUUUUCGGUGCAUUAAUUGUCUAUUUAAAUUAUUAUUCUGCAUUUGAUGCAUAUGAAGGAGCUGGUAAGAGAACUGUUGUUGGACCGACUGCAACCGCUUUUGUUUUUAGUACAUAUCCUGCUUCUUUUCUUUCGACAGGAAGGCAAUUUUUAUCUGAAGUUGUGGGUUCCGCUGCUCUUAUGGUUUGUAUUUUUGCUAUUUGUGACCAAUACAAUACUCCGGCAAAUGAUAAAGGCCCUUUGAUUAUUCUUUUUCUCAUUUUUGGCAUUGGAGCAUGCUUAGGUUGGCAAACGGGUUAUGCAAUUAAUAUGGCUCGUGAUUUAGGAACACGUCUUUUAUCUUAUGUCAUAGGUUAUGGUAAUGAAGUAUGGUCUGCUGGUCAUUAUUACUUUUGGGUGCCUAUAAUUGCACCUUUUAUAGGAUGUUUAUUGGGAGGGUUUUUAUAUGAUUUGUUUAUUUAUAUUGGAGUUGAAUCACCUCUGAAUUCUCCAUAUUUUGGCAUAAAACGGUUGUCUCGUAUGAUGUUUCAUUCUUCACUUCCACAACAUUGAUAAGAUUACUGCUUAAAUCUAGUAUUUAGG